AUGUCGUCCCGCAAGACAGCUGGCCGUCGUGGCACCAAUAAAAAACGCGCCCAGCGUGCUACUUCAAAUGUAUUUGCUAUGUUUGAUCAGGCUCAAAUUGCUGAAUUUAAGGAGGCGUUCAACAUGAUAGAUCAAAACCGAGAUGGCUUUGUAGAUAAAGAUGACCUUCAUGAUAUGCUUGCCUCUCUUGGAAAAAACCCCACUGAAGAAUAUUUGGAGAAUAUGAUGAAUGAGGCGCCUGGUCCUAUUAAUUUUACCAUGUUCCUUACACUCUUUGGCGAGCGUCUACAAGGUACAGAUCCUGAGGAUGUUAUUAAGAAUGCAUUUGGGUGUUUUGAUGAAGAGAACAAUGGUGUGAUUGCUGAGGAACGGCUGCGUGAAUUACUCACCACUAUGGGUGACAGAUUCACUGAUGAUGAUGUUGAUGAAAUGCUUCGGGAGGCACCAAUACGUGAUGGACUGUUUGACUAUGUUGAAUUUACACGCAUCCUAAAGCAUGGUGCCAAAGAUAAAGAUGAGCAGUAA